AUGGACCAACAGCAAUUCGGGAACAUCAAGUCCUCCACCACAACUCACUGCCGCGUUGACCUUCUCGAUUAUAUCUACAGAAACAUUGAAAAACGAAAAACAUCAGUGCCCCUCACCUUCGUAGACUUCCGGAAAGCCUUCCACCUCGUUCACCACACCACCGUCAUCACCAAAGCCAUCAACCUCCAGCUUUACCCCAGCCUGGUGUCCUGGCUCUCUAACUUCCUCUCCCACAGGAGUCAGGUCGUAAGGCAUCAGGGAGCGACCUCCCCCCCUCAGCACCUCACCUGUGGGGUCCCUAAGGGGACCAGGAUGGGAUCAUUAUGCUUCGUGAUGCUUAUAAACGACGCCAUGACGGACACCAGUGCUCGGUGGAAAUAUGUGGACAACACCACCCUCGCCGCCACCAUUAACAACGACAACCCGGAUUACAGCCACCUCCAGCUCCUCCAUGACCGCCUCCACACUUGGACCACCGACAACAAAGUCACCCUCAACACCAACAAGACUACAGUAAUGCACAUCCACACCUCCUCAGACACCGUCCCCCCUCCCUGUGUCUCCAUCGACGGCCGUCCUCUUCAGGUGGUUCAGUCUGUCAAGCUUCUCGGCCUCACCAUUGACAACAAACUGACGUGUUGCCAGCACGUCAGCUCCCUCAUAACGUCAGCCACAUACCGGCUACACCUCCUCCGAAGAUUGAAGAAGCUGGAGACACCAGUGCGUGAGCUGGCGAGUGUGUACUCCACCUUCAUACUCCCUCGGCUUACGUACGCGUCUCCAACUUGGUCAUCUUCCCUCAACGCCAUUCAACACCGUCAACUCGAGCGGGUGCAGAAAAGGGCGGUGCGGCUGAUCCCCAGUAGGGACCGGCUACACAACCUACCAGGAGGUCCUCCCCGCCCUGCACCUCACCACCCUUCAGGCCCGCCACCAACACCUCCUCCAGCAAUUCGCCACCAAGCUACUCCACCACCCACGACACAGAACUUUGCUCGCCCCAGUAGCUCCCCCUCCCCGCCACAAUGUCCAACACCACAACAAGCUGCUCCCCAUACGAGCGCGCAGAGACAGAUACAAGAAAAGUGCAAUACCAACAAUAGUGAAAAUCCUCAACACAUAGGCACUUUACUUCUAGGUUAA